UCCAUCUCACUCUCUCGCGCCCGAUCAGCCGUCAAAAGCGCUCAUAUAGUUUUUGCGAGUUUCCUCUGUGUUUUUCUCGGUGGAAAAAGUGACUGAAAAGUGCAUGAAAGGACAGUUAAAUCACUGUUGAAGUACUCUGUGGUGAAAUAUUUAUGGAUAGUGUGAAAAGUGUCGGUAUUUUUGUGUGACAGCUUGACUCCCCAUUUUCACCGGGUUUCCCCGCUUUUUCCGCUAUUCCUCUGGUAUUUUCCUCACUUGAGUGUCUGUGGCGGAUUACCAGUGAUCCGGGGGUGGUAAUCUCAGUGGUGUGAACACACUCACGGGGGCGCACUGAGAAGCGCUCACACGCGAGACCGCGCGAGACUCUCUUGCACAAGUGCAAAAACAAAAUGGACACAGAAUCCUCAUAAAGAGGCUGUAAUUGAUCGAUUUUGGCCAGGAGACAAGCCCCACGCGUUCGCGAGAUCUCGCUCCAGAGGCCCCCCUCGACAGUAGAACUCUCCCGGGAGAUGUCCGUGCGGCGACGGGAAAGCGCUGCCGCGUCCUCCAAGCUCCGGAUGGACCGGCAGCCCGCGGCGGCACGCAUUACAGACCCCAGCCUGGCGGCCGGUAAGCGCAAGGAGAUCGACAAUGUGAUGAAGAAGGCGCGCGCCUCCACGGGUGAGUACUGGGACAAGAAGCUGCUGGAGGUGGAGGAGAAGGAUCCCAAUCGCUGGCGCCACUCCGGCUACAAGAAGCUCUACAUCGAGGGCGAGAGCUCCUCGGAUGGCAGUGACGUGGAAUAUCGCGGCUAUACGCGACGCGCAUCUCGCAGUCGCUCGCGGGGGCGCCGCAGCCCGCCGCGCUCGCCGGAAAUGCGACGGCGCUCGCCCAAGUCCCCGGACGCGAGGCGACGUGCUCCGCGAUCGCCGGAGAUGCGCCCCAAGAGGCCACGGUCGCCGGCCGAGCCACCGGUGAGGCGUCGGUCGCCACGCUCGCCGAGAUCGCCGCCCAGAUCUCCCGUGCACGAGAUGCGCCGCCGCUCGCCGAUGGUGCAGAAGUCCAAGGCGUCACAGAUGGUGCCGCGCUCAAAGAGGCCCCCGUCGCCGCCGCCGAAGCCGACCAGAUCGCCGUCGAAGAGCAGCCUGAGCAGCUGCUCGGACGACUCCUGCUCGGUGUGCUCGCCGAAGCUGCGCCACGGACGCACGAGAUCUCGUUCGGUAUCGGUGUCGCGAUCGCGCCCGCUGCCCAGAUCGCCGCCGCUGGCGAAGGGGCGCGCGGCGCACGGUAGUAAGUCGAAGGCGUCGUCGGGUGGCUCCACGUCGGGCUACCACAGUGGGGCGUCGCGUCACGUGCGCCCGGCCAGUCCGCCGCCGCCGGUGGCCUCCACGUCGAAGCGCCCGGCCAAGCGGCCGGAGCCCGAGAAGGUGCCGCGCAGCACCGCGCGUCAUAUCCCACUGGAGGCCGUGGUUGAGCCCGAGCCGAGCGGGAAGCACGGGAAGCGCUCGUCGCGCAAGCAGAUCGUGCCGGAAGAUCCGCGCCUCAAGGUGCGCCCGCCCGAGCCGCCGCAGCCCGUCGCUGCGGAGGUCGCGGGCCACUCGAGGCGCCACAAGGACAAGACGGUGGAAAAGCUGCGUGCUAAGGUGAAGAUUGAGGGUGAGAAGAGGAAGAAGCGACGCUCGUCGUCGUCGGGAUCGGAUGAGUCGAGCAGCAGCAGUGGCUCGAUGCCCGCCAUCACGGCCACCACGCGUCUCACACUGUCGGAGCGUUUCGGGAAGAUGGCGCAGUGGAGUGUGGACAGGAGCAACAUGGAGAACAUGAGGAUCACAAAGGACAGUGCCGGUGGGGCCCUGAAGGUGAUGAUUGAGGAGGGCAUGGAGUCACCGCCGGCCAGGAACUACUCUCCGGCGCCGCCUGGACACUUUCCCGAGGAGCUGGCCAUGACCGCACCCACGGGCCUGAUGUCCUGGGAUGACGUGCGCGUCCGGUACGAGUACUACAAGAGCCGCGGCUAUCUGCGCGAUCUGGAUCUGCAGGAUUACAUCAAGUGGGAGGAGUGGUGGUAUCGCUAUCAGGAGUGGCUGAAGCAGGAGCGAUACUAUGAGUUUCUGGAGAGGCAGCAAAUGCGCGGCAGACGCAGAAAGAAGCUCCCAAUCACGGCUAGACUCAACUGAGAACAAUUGGACACAAU